GAUCAGUAUGAGAUGUCAUGUGUGAGGAGCAGAUCCGGUCUCGGCAAACUGGGUUCAUACUCCAUAAAUCUUCCAUGUCACCUGGACGAUCGACGACCCUGACUGGGAAAUUUUUCUCCAAAACGUACAAGGGGUUGCCGCCCACGCCCAGCGAGAUCGAGGAGCCGAAAUUACCGCGGGGAAGGACGCCAUUAUCGUAAUUUCAACAAAACCGAUGGGCAUAGAGAUACGGGUCAUAGAAAUUUGAUACCUCAAAUUCCGCAGAAUUUUUGGUAUAAAGAUGUUAGGCCGGGGAAUGGAAGAAAGGGGCGGCGCUUUCGGCCGCCGAUGAUGGAACUUAGCGCAACAGAUUCUAUACCAGUUCCGACUCCUCAGAAUUAGAAGAAGAAAAGGAAAAAUCCAAAGAAGAGACACGAAAUCAAUCACACCAGAAUUUCUUCUUCUUCUUGGAUUGGUCUGUUUUAUCUGCGGGGACAUUGUGGAAAUUCCAACAUCUUUCCUCCUUUCUUAUUCGAUUUGGUUUGGGAUAUCGCUCGCAGAAGCAGACUAUCUAUCAGAUGGAUUUCUCUCUUUGAUAUCUAAUUUACUGCACAGUUAAUUUUCUUCUUGAAACUCUGGGAAUAAGGAAAGAUGAUCUGCGGAGUCAUCAAGCGGAAGAAAAAAACGGGAUCUCACCCUGUGUAUCUUAAUGUCUACGAUAUCACCCCUAUGAAUGGCUAUGCCUAUUGGUUCGGCCUCGGCAUCUAUCAUUCCGGCGUUCAAGUACAUGGCGUAGAAUAUGCUUUCGGUGCGCACGAAUACACAACAACAGGGAUCUUCGAAGUCGAACCGAAGCGAUGCCCGGGGUUCAUGUUCAGGAAAUCGAUCUUGAUAGGAAGAACAGAUUUAGGUCCCCGAGAAGUCCGAACCUUCAUGGAGAAGCUGUCGGAGGAAUACGCAGGCAACACCUACAAUCUCAUCACGAAGAAUUGCAACCAUUUCUGCAACGACGCUUGCCUCGGACUCGCCGGAAAAUCGAUCCCUCACUGGGUCAAUAGACUCGCCAGACUCGCGCUUCUGUGCAGUUGUGUUCUACCGGUGGACUUGGAUGCGGUGAAAGUCCGGCCUCAGAGAGCGGAGAAGGGAGCUCAGAGAGCAGAGAAGGGAGUGAAGAAGGUGAGAAGUAAUCCAAAUAGGUCCGACCCUGCUACAACUUCGGAUUAAAUUAUGUCUUCGUCUUGGUCAAAUUCGGAUUCUGCAAAUAGUGGUGGUAGUAGUAGUACACAUAAACGGUCUCCUUCUCCUCCUCUACUCUGCUUUACCAACCCAUGAAGCUCUAAUGGCUGUCGUGAUGGAAAACUAAUUUUUUUUCACUUUUAAUUAUUCGGAAUUUCAACCUAAAAAGGAAAAGGCAAAAUCAAGAAGUUUGCUUUGCUGUUUUUUCCCUCUUUUUUUCUUACACUACUAACAAGCUGUUGCUGCGUUGAGAAAGUGUUGCAGCAUUUCUCUCA